ACAAGAGGCAGGUUGCUGAGAGGGUAGGGGCAUUUCCCCCAUGGUUCUCUGCUGGUUCUUUUUGGCCAUGCUGGCCCCUCUGGUAUUAGCCCUGGAACGGUCUCCAGACAUGGUGAUAAAAGAAGGCCAGUCCGUGAAUCUGGAAUGUUCCAAGAAGAAAUCCUCCAGCACAGCUAUGUACUGGUUCAUGCUGCCCUCAGAGAAGAAUUCCAGUCUGACCCUACUGGCUUCUGCAGUAGAAGGUGGUAACCCAGCGGUGGAGAAGGGUUUUGAGAGCCAUUUCAAGAGCAGCAAAAUAAAAGGAGACAGAAUCACCCUCUCAAUAGAACAUGCCUUUCUCAAUGAUUCUGGCACAUACUACUGUGCUGAGGGUGAGCACAGUGGUGAUACUGCUCAGGGAGCUGAGCACAAACUUCUUCCUGCAUAUACAGGACCUGCUUUCCACCCUGUGGGUGCUGUAUGUGGCAGGGCAGCUUGGGGAAUUGAAUGCAAUGGGACACGCUCAGAACUGCAGCAGAGGUCUUGGGAAAAGCUGGAUGCAUUGCUGCUCUCCUCUGCUGACAGGACACAAGGCUACAUCUGCAAAACCCAGGACAGCCUUGAGCAACUGGAUCACUUGAUGUCCUGUAUGGGCCAGCCUCACACUGCCAUGCUCACAGCACAGCACGGAUGUACAGAGUCUCCGUCAGACCUCUGUGCCCAAACUCAGUGCGCAGAAAGUACGAGUGUCUCUUCCUGCCUACAGGGAUGUCCCACUGCCUUGGGCAGGUGA